AUGGCCACAGCACACCAGUUCGCGCUUCGCCCCGUCGACAUGCGAGACGCUGCCUCUCCUGCUCGCCAUCCGUCUCAUUACGAUCCGCCUUCCAGCUCAUCGCCGUCGUCAACUUCGUCGGCCUCGUCGUACGGCGGUGCUUCCGCUGGGCUUACCAAAGGACAUGGUGUUUAUAUUCCGGACGUAAAUCCACUGCAAGGACCCUUCCUGAACGUCGCGCGUAGCGUCUAUCCCCCGCCGCCGACAGGCCACGAUCUCAUGCGACUGUUCCCGCCGCCGCCCCCGUGCCAGUUCUCUGAGCUCAAGGGUGGGCCUACCAGUUACUAUUUCCGUACCCAGGAGCGCGCUUUUUUCGCGCAAGCCGGUCGCGAGGAGAUUCGCAUCCGUCUGAAUGCCGAAUUCGCGCCUCGUCCUUCGCCGCCUCUGGCCAACAUAGCUGUGCCUACGAGCAUGCCCUUGCGAAACCGGGCACCGCAACAAGGGCAUAUUCACCCCCACCCAUAUCACGUAAGCUAG